AAAAGGAGCCUUUCGGGAGGGGAGGCCAUUUUGUGCGUUGCUAAGCAACGGAGACGCCCCUGAAGAGAUGUCUUGAGAGAGCAGAGUCGCCAUGACUGGAAGUCCCACAACAACAACAACAACAAAGGAAGGAGAGGAUGGACAGUUCUAAUUUCCACGUCAUGCAACAGGGAGAAGUCAGCUACUGAAGAAGAAUGGAGUUGGGGAUGAAGAACAAGUACUGUGUCUUCACAGUCUACUACAAUGAGAAAAAGGAGGACCAAAGAGAUGAUGCCGAGAGCAUGCAGGAUGCAUUUGAGAGGUUCAGAAGACGUCGGCAGGAGGAAUUCCGUGGGCUGACCAGAAAGAAGUCAUCAAUACAGAGACAUCUCCAGGACCCAGAUGCCCAGUGGCAACUUCGAAUGAAAUUCCUUGAGCAGGCAAAGUGUUACAUCGGCGUGCCUUAUGCCCAGAAAUACCACGAGCCUGGAACUCCGGAAUACGAAUCCCCCCUUUUCCUGGACUGCUGCGGGUUCAUCCGGAGAGUGCUGCGGGACCUCAGAGAGGACUUUGGCUUCUCCAUCGGCCCCGGGAACCAAGCCUACCAGUACGAUACGCUUCCCAUUUCUCUACCCAGUGAAGAACACCUGAAGCCGGGAGAUCUCGUCUUCAUUUCGGGAGCAUACUUCGACACACAACGGAAGGGGCAGCUCCACAAUAUCGUCCACGUGGAAAUCUGGCUGGGAGAUGGAGAGCGGAGCCUAGGCGCCAGGUGGAAGCGGGGCAAAGCGCAGGUUUUUGACUCCUACAAAUUCGUCUCCAGCUCCUACGGAGACAUGGAGUACCACUUUAAGUCCAUCGAGACGUGGCUGCAAGGCAUCUGCACAAGUCAUUGUCCGGAGCACAAGUGGGCCACCUCAAGACAACGUCCUGGAUGGAGAUCCAUCUUCCACCCUAAAAGUGACCAGGAUGAACCUGCCGAAGAAGAUGUGGGUGCUGAAGGUGAUGUUCUCCAGUCACAACCAGGAAAAGAAGAGGUGGCUCUCCAAGUGGAGUCUAUUAUGGACUCAAUCAGCAGUUCUGAACUCAGUGACAGCAAGCAAAUGGAGGCCCUGGAUCUCCAGGGCUUCUCUCCAGGGAGGCCAGGUGUCACAAAGAUAAAUGUGACAAGAAGAGACCAGGCUACGGAAGCCAACCAAGGCCAGAGCAAGUCUGUGGAAAGUUCUGUGGGGUGGAGCAAUGCUUUACCGGAGGGGAAACAGAUCCCCACGGAAGGGGUCCAGGAGGGUCCCACAGAGUCACAUGACACGUCCCACAGUCAGGAAGCUGGUGCCCAAGCGAGACCCACUGGGCUCGCUCAGGACUCUCUCAUCAGGGUGUCUAAAAAGUCCCAUUCCACCUCCAAGUUAAAUGUGAAGGGUGUCGUAACGGGGAGUACCAACAAAAGAAAAAAGAAGGGGAAGCCGGGAAUGCAAGGAGAUGAUCAGCCCUUUGUUGGACCUCCAUCUGUAGAUGCAGAUUCUAAGUGCGUAACCAGCAAGAAGGAGAAGCCCGUGCAAAUGUUUGAAAACCGAAUGCCGGAAGACGUGAAAGUACAAAAGCAAAGGAGCAAUCACAGCUUGGCUGAAGGGGAGCCAACAAGUGAAACCAAACCCAAAGUGCCCAAAACGAUAGUCAAAGCAACACCCCGAAUGAGUCAGCCAGAGGAGAAGAAGCCAGAAGACGUCCUCGGAUCAGGGCCUUUCUUUUAUAUCGGAGGAGCUAAUGGGGUUGAUAUACUGAACCUCUACUGCAAGAACAAGGGCUGGCAGCGUAUCUAUGACAACCGGAGGGAGGAUUAUCUCCUGAAAUGGUCCGAAAUCAAGUUCAGAGACACUUAUUACGCCUUCAGAGAAGGAGAACAGAUGCUCUACCAAAUCCCAAACAACAAGAUCCUCACCACCAAGAUAGGCCUUCUCAUGAACCUCCGGGAGUACGAACGGGUCAUGAGGAAGGUCAACCGGGUUGCGAAACUGCUGAGAAUGGAAGACUUUUUCCCUGAGACUUUCCGUUUGGACACAAAAGAUGAGAGAGAACUCUUCUUUGAAACAUACCAAGAACCUCAUAUUUGGAUCUGCAAGCCAACCAGUUCGAACCAAGGCCGAGGGAUCUUUCUCCUGAAGAACCAGGUGGAGGUCAAGGACUUGCAAGCCAGGCUCCAGAACAUCGAAGAAGACCCCAUGUACAAGAAGCUGCCCUACCGAAUUCCCCCGGCGAGAAUCGUGCAAAGAUACAUUGACAGGCCGUUGCUCCUCGAGGGAAAGAAGUUCGAUGUCCGCUCUUAUCUCCUCAUCUCCUGCACCAUGCCAUACAUGCUCUUCUUUGGCCAUGGCUAUGUCCGCCUCACAUGUAUCAAAUACGACCCUAGGUCAGAAGACCUCACAUCUCAUCUGACCAAUCAGUAUGUGCAGAAGAAGAGCCCUUUGUACCCCCAUGUCAAGGAGGAGACGGUGUGGUGCAUGGACCGUUUCAACACGUAUGUCAAUGAAAAAUUCAGGGAGAUCAAAGGACUACCCAAGGACUGGGUCUUCAAUGGAUUUACAAAAAGAAUGAAGGAAAUCAUGUUGCAGUGCUUCCUGGCAGUCAAGUCAAAGUUGGACUGCAAGCUCGGCUAUUUCGACCUCAUUGGCUGUGACUUCUUGAUUGACGAAGACUUUAAGGUAUGGCUGCUGGAGAUGAAUUCCAAUCCUGCUUUGCACACGAAUUGUACUGCUUUGAAGAGUAUUGUUCCCAUGGUGGUGAACGAAACUCUGGACCUGGUGAUCGAGAUCUUCACCAAGAUCCAGAAGGGCCAGAAUAUCCUCCCGCUGGAGUCGCUCUAUCACUUUACGCUUCUCUACAACGGGGUGGCCUCAGACGGCGGGCUCCCCCAGGGCAACCGGAGCAGGACUUCCCUCCGUUCGAUCCGAUCUCACUCUGACGUUGGCAGUACCGGCAGUACCAACACCACCAGUGUCAACAAUACCGCCAAUACCAUCAACACCAGCAGUAGCCGCUCGUUGGACAAGCAACCGUCCAAAGCUUUGGAGAAGGCACCCAAAGGAGAGGACGCCAGGAAUCUGACGGUCACCCUUCCGGAAGGGCUGUAUCUCCCUCCCAGCAAAGGGGUACCCCGGGACCCGCUCCCCAUGCCCCAGAUCCAGAUCUCCAUCAUCCCCAACCUCUCCUCCUGCCCCGCAGCGAAGACCAUCCUCCGGGGCAACCAGGUCUGCAACAGCGGGAGCCAGUACAUCAUCCGUCACGUGCCGGAAACGCUAGAGGCUGACGGGAGCGACGACAAAGGCAAAGCCAGCCCCCUCGACGUGUCCCGGGGUCUUUCCAAGGACAAGUCCUACGCCGCUUGGUUUCAACAAACCUUUGGGACCAAGCUGAUGCUGGGGCCCAGCAGCAACGGGGGCAGGGGCCCUCUGACCAGCUCGCAGAUGCUUUCCCUCCACCUCCAGUCCGACCUCCCGCCCAGCCUGCCCAACUACCAGGAAUUCCCCAAGCCCUACUGGCAACUCACAACCUAUGCCAAGAAGCCGCAGGACAGCCCCAAGGCCAUUGCCGAGCCCCCCAUCCGCAGCGGAGACGAUCCGCUCGCCGAAGAGAAAAAGACCUCCCACCGCGGCUCGUGAGCCAAGAUCACUGUGUAUUUGAAGAGCCCUUGUUCUUUUUCCUAUAAAGGACAACAAGAAAAAGAAAUCAUAGCUCCUAA